AUGACGCACAUUUCUGGCGCUUACAACAGUUUUACCAGGGUCAAGAUUGCCGGUGACUGCUUCGAGGCUUCAUAUUCUUCCCUCGGUUUCUCACCACUUCAGUCCAGUAACAUUCUUCACCAUGCUGUCUUUGCACGUCUUCGUCAGUUGCCCGACCCGACCAACACUCCUGACUUCACAGAGAUUUCCCUUAUACCAAACAUGAACAGGGCAGAGAAUUCGACGCCGGCGACAUGGAACGAUUCAACUUCGGAGACAGAGGUGGUUGCCUUCCCCUUCCACUUGUAUUUCUGCUCUAACUCGCGACAGACUCUCCAAGCAGCUUACUGUCCUCCCCUGGACGAUGCCCUAUUUUAUGCUAUUGCGUCUGAAUAUGAACUCCCUCGAGAUCGAGAAACUUUGACAGCGAUACUGGACCGUUUGAAGGCCGGUGCAAUAGAACAAGAAAAUACAGACUUCGAUCCAUCGGGUACUGGAGGCCCUGCGCAUGGUCGAGAUGUAACAGAUCUUUCAAGGUCGAACCAAGAUGACACUGUAUCAAACGGAGUUACAAGCAUAACAACCAGUCUGUCAGAUCUGAGAUGGAAGGACUCAGAGUGUCUAGGACAAAGCUUGGAGAGCUCCUCCCUUGAUGGCAAGACAGCGUGGCUGCAAAAUGUGUUUCCGGGCGUACACCAACGGGAGUUAGCCAGCAUCCUUGAGAGCCACGAAGGUUCUCUCGAUAAAGCCACCGAUGAACUGCUCAAUCUUUCAUUCAUCAACCAAGGAUAUGACGAACAACUUCGGGAAGAUGUCCCGGUGUUGAAGGGUAUUGAAGCUUUUGCAGAAGAGGCACAAAUGAACCGGAAGAGAAGGAAGAAACGAAAGACUCGAACAAAUGAGUCUUCACGAGUGGGUUCUGCCUCCUCGUUUAGGCAUGAAACAGAGUAUACCCCUUCCAAUGUGUGGUCCACAAUGGCAGAAGACGUUGAUUUCAUUUGUUCAAGAACAAAUCUUCAACCACAGGCGGCAAGGUCCAUUUAUCACGCCAAUGGAGCCCGUUUGACAACGACCAUUCGCGCUCUUGCCAUCAGAGAGGGGGCGGCCUACGAGGGUCUUACAGAAGUUGAUCCGAUUGUCGAGGUACAGAUUGCUGAAUUUCAAAAUCAAUUUGAGCAUGUGCCCAGGUCGCAAAUGUACGGUCUGCUGAAAUUGGCUCGGAAUAUACCGUCUGCAGCGCAUGAGCUCCUAGAAGUCAUGACAGCACCAAGAGAAGUGCAGGAGCCUCGAAAACUACAGGGGGUUGUUCAAUAUGCACCUCUCGACCUGAAGGAAAAUCAGCUGCCCCGGUCACCGUCAACAUCAACCCGGACUACUGUCAAAAAUGGUGUCGGGCGAGGAACCGCAGCAAACCACAGACUUGCGGCGAAUCAGAGCUUCGAGCAAGCUGCUGCGGCGUACAGGAGAAGCAAGUCUAAUCGUCUUUACGGAGGAGUCGCAGCAUACUACGCCGAGGUUGGACAUGAUCGAGCAAAAGCUGCCCAGGAGCUCCAAGCGGCGGAGGCCGAUCUCACUGUGGCCAGACAAUCGUCUUCAAAUAUGCUUGAUCUUCAUGGGGUGAAGGUUCAAGAUGCCAUCCGGAUUGCAAGUGUUAAAACUCAAGCUUGGUGGGAUGGCUUAGGCGACGUGAAGUAUGCUCCCGCAGGAGGUGGACCUGCUAGAGACCGGUUCAGAAUUGUGACAGGAAUUGGAAGUCACAGCAAGAACCAUGCCCCGAGAAUUGGCCCCGCAGUUAGCAAGAUGCUCAUGCGGGAGGGAUGGAGGAUUGAGAUCGGGCAUGGGGAGUUGUUUGUCACAGGAAAAAGUCUAAAUUAA